AUGUUCCAGCGAUUCUCUGAGAGUAUCCAGCGUGUGGCGGCAGAGGAAGAUUGGACUUCCAGGGUCGAGCGUACUUUCUCCCGAGGACCAGAUAUUGCACCUGGCCGCUCGUCGGACGGACGCAGAAGGAGAGUCAUUGCAUUGGCGGUCGUCCGAGGAUUUUUGACGGUGCUCGUGGCCCUUGGUUCCGGUCCAGAAGCGGCUCACUCUCUCUUGAGAGUCAGGGAGAGAGAAUUUGAGGGAGCCACUGAGCUGGGUCGACAUCGUAAUCUGGUUGACUCCCUUUUGAUGGAACUCGAGCCGCUAUUUGGAGACACGUCCGAUCCUGCAUCUUUUAAUGACUGGGACGCAGAAUACCCAACUUUAGCAGAAUCGUUUCAGUUGAGUUCCAAAACACAUCGGGAUGUCAAAUCGGGUGAGGUUUGUGAUUGGACAGUAGAGCAGUGGGAAGAAUACAACGCCCGGGAAGAACAACGGUCCCUACAGGCUUCUUCUGCUGCUGCGUCUAUUGGCCCGCGUGUUUCAGUCUCUUCGCCCUCCGUUGUUGUUGUGCCGGAUGAGCCAACUGUUAAUGGACCUGAGUCGGCGUUUGAUGGACCUGAGACCGCGACGACCGAUGCACCUGUGAUUACGCCGGCGUUUCUUGCGUUUGACUUUCACGGUGUGCUCGACGUUUCCUUUGCCGAUGCUCGAUACCUGUUGGCUGAGCUUCAGGGGCAUCCUCCCGCGCCACCAGAAAUGUUUGACAUUGGUUCGGAACAUGAAGAAGGGGAAGAGGAAGAUGACAUUGAGCAUGAUCCCGUAAUUAAUCCCGAUGAUGAAGAUUACGAGGGUUCAACGUACCACAUCAAGGAUCUUCGCGAACUGUGGUUGCAGGCUGCACUUGAUCCCAACAUCACCGAUCGGGCGAUGGCUAAGAUGCAGACUGACUCAGAUGGGUUGCCCCGGUUGGACGCGGCCAUUGACAAAAUCAAAGAUUCAAGUCCAUCAAGCAACAAGCGCACUUUCAACUGGUUGUGGACUCAACUUGUUGAGCUCCUUGACGAGCUCCGGGAAGAGGCCAACGAGGAAUCAAUCAGGGAUGCAUUGUUGCGGCCCGGGACCAAAAGCCCAUCGGUACCGAAGAAAGGAGAGCAGCAGAAAGCUACACCAGCAUCUCCAACGCCUGCCGCUCCUGCUCCUCCCACCGGUCCCAAAGGUAUUGGAAAGGGUGGAAAAGAUCGGGAGCAGAAGGGUGCAAAUUGUCCAUUCUCACAUGAGACAGCUCCCGGAAAAUCCAAUGCGCCAAAGGCCAAUGGAGCAGCUGCCACGGCAAAGAGCUCUGCCGCGGCUGUCGCCCUGAUGCUUCCCACUACGGCUCAGGGUAUCUCGGUCGAUGGACGUUCCACGCCGAGUACGACAAACUUUUGGAAAAGAUCGGGACUGAGUUACUUGUUCCGCACCGUUGUCGGUUGGCUCUCUGUCUGUAGCCAUGCCUUACCAGCUGUCCUGCCAAGGGUUACAGACGUAGCUUUGCCAGGAUACCAGACAGGUCCUUUUCAGCUCGAGUGGAUCGCUGAUUCGGGAGCCGGUCGCAACUUGACAUCUCUCAAGGCGCUCCAGCGCCAAGGAAUCCCACCUGAUAUAGGCUUGCAAGCCUUUCAGGCCGAACAGCCGAUUCACUUCUCCACCGGUAAUGGCGUUGUCACUUCUCACGAAGUCUUGACCUGUGAGGGCCAAGACUUUGGACAGAACACGGCAUACCUCAUGAACGAUUGUCCCGUCGUAAGGUCAAUGGGUGAGAUAGUAAACGGUGGCCAGCUGCCUUUCCUUUGGCUUCCUGGUCAAUUGCCCUGCUUUCUCAAAUCCAGCAACCACGUGCAAGCAGACCUUAGUGGGGCCCUGUUCGCCGAUCGUGUUGAGGGAAAUGUGCCUGUUUUCAAAGAACAAGUGUCUUUCGCCGUUGCCGCGCACUCCACAACUGACAGGUCCCCGUCACCAUCGUCCCCGCUGCUACCUCCUGGCGAGGGCUCUGCUGACAAAGUCCCUGUAGAGAGAGAGGCUGAGAAGGCACCAGAGUUAGAGCUUGCCUACGAAGACGUUCUCGAGAGGGUCGAAGACAAGCUGCUCGACGGCCUUCCCCCGGCUGAACCGCGUGCGGUGUCGCAUGCACCUGACGCAAACGACCACCUCUCCGACUACGAACCAUCUGACGAUGGCGGUUCCGCGCCAGUUGUCGGAGCGACAGCGCAGACUGCCUCCGAGCCUGCACUUGGCCACCUUACCACUGUCCGCACAGUGCCAGACCAAAGCUUCCUAGAACGUGACCACUCACUGCGCACGAGUCCAUCGACCUGUGAGUUUGAUAUGCGCUCGUACGCAGCACAGCUUGUCGACUUCUACUGCGAGGUCGCCGGCGUCACCAAAGACAAGCUACGCAACUUUCCGUCUCCUUGUUAUCCGGAGAACCAGCUCACCGAUGCUGAUCUUGAGACAGAAGGUGAAUUGCAUCAUGCUGCGUCGCGCAUUCUUAUGCGGGGCCUGUGGCUAAGUCGCCUUGCUCGGCCUGACCUGUCUUUUGCAAUCUCCCGAUUAGCAUCGAGGGUAACAAAAUGGACCAAAUUUGAAGAUCGCCAGUUGAUGCGCUGCAUUUCAUAUCUCCAUCACACGACACACCUCACGUUGCGCGGAGCAGUUUCGCAAACUGACCUCUCUUGCAACAUCGAAGUGUUUACCGAUGCAGAUUUUGCAUCUUGCCCGUACAGUGCCAAAAGCACGUCCGGCAUCAUCAUAAUGCUGCGCACCGGUGAAUCUUACUUUCCUGUCCAUUGGUUGUCUAGGAAACAAUCAUCAACGGCCAGAAGCACUACGGAAGCCGAAAUGAUCGCGCUUGCUGCAGCGAUGUUCUCCGAGGCCGAGAACUUGCAAACAUUCCUAGAGUCUUUGCUUGAUGCUGCAGUUUCAGUGUCCUACCAACAAGAUAACGAAACGGUGCUCGCGAUCCUCAAGGCAGGUUAUAGCGCGAAACUUCGACACAUGAACCGGGUUCAUCGUGUUAACGUCGCCUCCGUGUGCGAAAGGCUUGCAGAAGAACGCGUCCAAGCUGUUUACUGCAGCACCAAACUUCAGAAGGCUAACGGGUUUACGAAGGUCAUAUCGCCUCAAGAAUGGCCUCUAGUUCUGAGUCAGCUGUGCCUUUUGCCUGCCACUGACAAGGCAUUAGCAACUUCAGCCCAAGAUCUUUCAUCUGAUGCCCUUGUGUUAGCAGAUCCUCGCGCGGCCGCAGGCUUAGUUCCUCGCCGCGUCGAAGAGCAGCACAUUCUGCAUUUGCUGACGCUCCUUCCUCACGACGGAGCGCGCAGAGGUCCAGAAACUACUGAAACGCACUGCUUCUCAGUUGGCGCUUAUGCGCAUGGCAGCGGCAUAGUCGGAAUCAGAAGUAACACCCGUCUCUUCCCUGAAGUAGUCCGUGUCUUCACCCGGUUUGUUAGGCAACAGCGUAGGAACCACACGUUCACGGCAGUAGCUUUGUUCCGCGGUCAACAGACCGAGCUUCACAGCGACAAGUGGAACGCGCCGGACUCGUACAACCUCGUACUUCCAAUUACGCAGGUUGUCAGCGGCGGAGGAAUAUGGAUCGAAGAUCCUGCUGGCGAGGCGCAGUGCCCCCAGUACGACUGCAACCUUCCCGGUCGCGUCCUCCACCUCCCAGCCUUGUUCAAGCCCUCACGCAAACACUGCACUGUCCCCUGGCAGGGAUCCCUAGCGCAAAGGGUUGUGCUCGUUGCUUACACUCCUCGCGGAUGGAGCAACCUGCCUUUCCCAGACCAACAGUUGCUAAGAGAUGCGGGGUUCCGCAUGCCCCACCUGUAA